UGCUGUCCUGCUCCUAUUCGGCUCAGGGUGCUGCCCACAGGGUCGGCGGUGCGACGCAGGCGCCGGGAUGGCAGACCGCACAGGCAGAAUGGAGGGGCUGGUCUUGCUCAAGGAUCUGGUUCCCAGGCUGCUCUUUAUAUUGCACUCUCUGGUCGCCGUCUGGCGAGUGACCUGGGUGAAGAAAGAGCACCCUUACUGGCUGCUAGCCCUGCUCAACGUCUUGCUGGUCCUGGAGAUGGUGCUCACCCUCAAGUUCAAGCGCGGCAGAGGCUACAAAUGGUUCUCUCCAGCCAUCUUUUUAUACCUGAUCAACAUCAUGCCGUCCCUGUGGUUCCUUGAAAUGCACCAUGGAAACCAGUAUUGCAGCACCCAGCCUGAGAAAACAGCACAGAACAUCAGCAGAAGAGGAGAUAUCAACCAAACCCUGACGUCCCACAAGCACGCCAACGGGGUGGGGCAUAUCCUUGAGCUGGCCAGGGGAUUUGUAGAUAACUUAGCCAUGGUGUGUGAACCAGUCUGGACCUUAGGACUCCAUCAAACGUUGCUGUUAAUAUUAAUCAUUGGGCGAUGGUUUCUGCCGAUUGGAGGCACCGUUACUAGAGAUCAGCUCUCAGAACUGCUUCUGAUGUUUGUGGGGACAGCAGCUGACAUACUGGAAUUCACUACGGAGACUCUGAAAGAAAAUAAUGUCAGAAAUAACCCUGCAUUGGUCUCCGGCAUUCUUAUGGUAUGGACGUGGAGUAUGCUGCAAUUUCCCCUUGACCUGGCAGUCCAGUUGAAACUGGUAUGCCCCUCCUCAGUGAAAGCCAGGGGCUUCCUUAGGUUGUUCCUGAGCCAGUACAGCGCGGAUUUAUGGGCCAUUGGCCUCAGCUUCUUCAUCCAAGAUGGUCCCUUCCUUGUCGUGCGCCUGGUCCUGAUGAUCUACUUCAAAGUCAUCAACCACAUGCUGGUGUUCUUUGCUGUGAAGAAUUCUCUGGUGAUGGCCUUGCACUUCUACCGGCUCGUGGCUUUGAUCAUGGCCACCCGUGCGUCCAUGCAAGAGCAGCCAGGAAGCCCCAAAGCGCAGUACAGUGUCCCAGACCAACCUUCUGAAAGUGGGCCCAGUGACUUGGAGGUCACCUCCAGAGAGGCCCUGUCUCUGCAAACCUCACCUGUCACCUCUGAAGAGCCCUACCCUAUACCUUAGUUACCUGUUCCCAGCAUGCAAUGGGGAGGCUCAAUUCAUUUUCUUCUUAAAGACUGGUUCUCUCAUCUUACAUGAAAAGAUGUUCUAGUAUCAAAGCUAAGGUAUUUUUAAUUUUUUUUUUCAUCUGAAUGGAAGGAACUUUGAUGAAUGGCUGUCGCUACAACCUCCUGCAAUGGUAGGAGACCACACACUAUUCUGAGAACUGCUCUGAGUGACAGGUUCUUAUGGAACUGUUUAGAAAGCUGCAGACAGGGCU